AUGAUCACGUUACGCAGCGCCGUUCUCAGUGAUCACAGCCGCUGGAGGAACAUCCGUCCAGAGGACCUGCUGUCCAGAGGAACCUCUGUCCAGAGGACCUGCUGUCCAGAGGAACCUGCUGUCCAGAGGAAUCUCUGUCCAGAAGACCUGCUGUCCAGAGGAACCACUGUCCAGAGGACCUGCUGUCCAGAAGACCUGCUGUCCAGAGGACCUGCUGUCCAGAGGAACCUCUGUCCAGAGGACCUGCUGUCCAGAAGACCUGCUGUCCAGAGGAACCUCUAUCCAGAGGAACCUCUGUCCAGAGGACCUGCUGUCCAGAAGACCUGCUGUCCAGAGGAACCUCUGUCCAGAGGACCUGCUGUCCAGAAGACCUGCUGUCCAGAGGACCUGCUGUCCAGAGGACCCUCUGUCCAGAGGACCUGCUGUCCAGAGGAACCUGCUGUCCAGAGGACCUGCUGUCCAGAGGACCUGCUGUCCAGAGGAACCUCUGUCCAGAAGACCUGCUGUCCAGAAGACCUGCUGUCCAGAGGAACCUCUGUCCAGAGGACCUGCUGUCCAGAAGACCUGCUGUCCAGAGGAACCUCUGUCCAGAAGACCUGCUGUCCAGAGGAACCACUGUCCAGAGGACCUGCUGUCCAGAAGACCUGCUGUCCAGAGGACCUGCUGUCCAGAGGACCUGCUGUCCAGAAGACCUGCUGUCCAGAGGAACCUCUAUCCAGAGGAACCUCUGUCCAGAGGACCUGCUGUCCAGAAGACCUGCUGUCCAGAGGAACCUCUGUCCAGAGGACCUGCUGUCCAGAAGACCUGCUGUCCAGAGGACCUGCUGUCCAGAGGACCCUCUGUCCAGAGGACCUGCUGUCCAGAGGAACCUGCUGUCCAGAGGACCUGCUGUCCAGAGGACCUGCUGUCCAGAGGACCUGCUGUCCAGAGGGACCUGCUGUCCAGAGGACCUGCUGUCCAGAGGGACCUGCUGUCCAGAGGACCUGCUGUCCAGAGGGACCCUCUGUCCAGAGGACCUGCUGUCCAGAGGGACCUGCUGUCCAGAGGAGCUGCUGUCCAGAGGACCUGCUGUCCAGAGGACCUGCUGUCCAGAGGACCUGCUGUCCAGAGGACCCUCUGUCCAGAGGACCUGCUGUCCAGAGGACCCUCUGUCCAGAGGACCCUCUCCACGACUCUGUGAAGCUGAUCAAGUUCGCGGACGACACCACCCUCAUUGGACUCAUCUCCAACAACGAUGAGUCCGCCUACAGGAGGGAGGUGGACCGGCUGGUGUCCUGGUGCAGUGGUAACAACCUGGAGCUGAACGCCCAGAAGACAGUGGAGAUGAUUGUGGACUUCAGGAAGAGCACUGUCCCCCCGCCCCCACCCUCCGUGAUGGACUCCCCCAUCACCUCUGUGGAGUCCUUCCGUUUCCUGGGCACCACCAUCACCCAGGACCUCAAGUGGGAGCCGACCAUCAGCUCCCUCAUCAAGAAGGCCCAGCAGAGGAUGUACUUCCUGCGGCAGCUCAGGAAAGCCAAGCUGCCUGCACAGAUGUUGGUGCAGUUCUACACGGCCAUCAUCGAGUCCAUCCUCACCUCCUCCAUCACCUCCUCCAUCACCUCCUCCAUCAGCUCCUCCAUCACCUCCUCCAUCACCUCCUCCAUCACCUCCUCCAUCACCUCCUCCAUCACCUCCUCCAUCACCUCCUCCAUCACCUCCUCAUCACCUCCUCCAUCACCUCCUCCAUCACCUCCUCCAUCACCUCCUCCAUAA